GGCCGCUACUGCCGCCUGUCGGCUCGGCUGGAGCUGGAGUCGCUGCUGUCGCAGCAGGCCCUGCGCGAGGCCCUGUCCGACGACGAGCUGCUCGUCGCCAAGCAGAGGCAGCAGCAGGUGGCCGACUUCACGCAGCAGGUGGACGAGGUGUGGCGGGAGGCACGCUGGCUGAUGGACGCGCUGCAGCACGCGCGGUACAAGCACCCGCCGGGCUGCGGCAGCGUCCCCCUGCAGCUCGCGCUGCGCAGGCCUGGCGACGGCGGCGCCCCGGACGGGCACCGGCGGCGCCGCGGCGCGGCGGACGACGGCGACGACGGAGACGGCCGCGAGGCCGGCGGCGGCGACGGCGGCGAGGACGACGCGGAGGAGGCGACCGCCAAGAUUCCGCCCGGAGGCAAGCCGCCGCCGCCGCCGCCCUCCUCCUCCUCCUCAUCGUCGCUCCACCUCGACUUCUUGCCGUCGCCGGCGCCGUCGCCGGAGCCGCUGCGUCGGCUCAAGCGCUCGGACCGCCACGUGUUCUCGGACGAGGAGAGCUCCUCGGAGGUGUUCCUCCCCACGGACAGCGACUACGAGUCGAGCAGCGCGCUGAGCCCGCGUGAGCUCGACCUCGUGCUCGAGUGCUCGCCGGGGGGGGGCGGCGGCACGGGGGGGGGGCGCCGGCGACGCCGCGUGGAGGGCGUCGCCGGCACCGGAGGGUUCGGCGGGAACGGCGGCGACGGCGGAGACGGCGGCGCCGGCGGCGGCGGAGGCCCGGACGUGCUGCGCGACCACGAGCGCCGGCCCCGCUCGUGCGUGUUCCCGAGCGGGGGCCCGAGGCCGUCGCGCACGCGCAGCGGCCCCGCCGGGGCGGCUCGGGACGCGUCGCCCCCCGCGCCGCGCCCCUCGCCCGCCGCCGAGGCCGCGGGCCACAACGGCGGCGCGACCUCCCGGAGGGGCCGCUCCGUCGACCGGGGCCUGGUGGAAGCCGCCGCCGCCGCCGAGGCGCCCGGUUCCAAGUGGGGUGGAAGAGGCGGAGCAGGAGGCGGACACCGCGUCCCCAAAAGCCAAAGCCUCGGCUUCCGAGGGCCCGGGAGCUCGUCGAGGGGUCACUGCGGAGCUGGCGGGCAGCGGAUGGCCUGGAGCUCGAGCCUGUCGGUCACCGAGCCGGUCAACGGUUUGGAUCGGUCCACGGGACGGGGCAGCAGAAGCAAGCAGGGCCCUCGAGAGCAGUCGGCGUCAGGAGCUGCCCACGCGGACACCACGGCCCACGGGGGCGUCAGGGCCAGGACUCGAGCGUCGCCGGAGGGCGGAGGUCACCGCGCGAGGGUUGGCGGGCCCCCGCCGGAGGAGCUGGCGAGGGACGAGGUCCCCAACCCCGCGGCCACCGUACUGAGGGUCUACCCCCAGUACCCGACGGGACUACACAGGGAGGCCUACGUCAACCUGGCGGUGAGCCGGCGCACGACCGCCGGCGAGGUGACGCAGCUCGUGCUGCGGGAGGUGAGUCGCGCCGCGGCGGCGGCGGCGGCGGCGGCGGCGGCGGCGGCGGCGACGCCGGCGGCGGCGGAGGCGACGAGGACCCCCGGGGCGGCUCGCGUCUCCUCUUCCCCCGCCUCCCCCUGCUGCGCCGAGGAGACGCGCAACUUCGCGCUGGUGGCGUCGGCAGGCGGUCGCGAGCGGUGGCUACCCGACGACGCGCGCCCUCUGGAACUGCCGGGCCCGUGGAGCGGGGGGCGGCUCUCCGUGCGCCUCAGGGAGCUCGCGCCGUUCGGCGCCGCCGGCGAGCAGCAGAACCGCAUCACGCGCGUGUGAGAGCCCGCGGGGCGGGGGGGGGGGGGGGCGGCGGUCGCCACCUCUCGAGGUGCGGGCCCGGGGACACGUCGAGGGACGGAGGAGGAGGGAGAGGAUAUCUCGGGAUACCGGAAGAGCAGAGCCGCGUGGCACCGCGUUGUCUCGAGUGGUGCGUCACUACGCGGUGGACGUAGGGCGGGGCGACCUUUUUUUGUCUUCCUGAGGAGAGCGAAGCAUUUUCCGGGAGGGCAGCUGCCGUCCCAGGACGAUCGUGGGAAGAACCAGAACGGUUGGCAAGCCUGAUGAGCACCCCCAAAAACCUAAUUACGAGACGA